AAUAUUUUACUUUAAAACGAAGAAGAGCAAAACACAAAGUCGCAUUUAAUUAAAAAUUAAUAAACCUUUAUUAAUAAAAAAUGCCUACGGAAAUAGAAAAUCUUAAUCCCAAUGUCUACAGCAAACGUAAGGAACGUAUAAUAACCAAAGAAGAAGCCGAUGAGAAUGUCUGUGAUCCUUUCGACACCAGGGAAAUAUUUGAUCUCAUACGCAACAUCAACGAUCCGGAACAUCCUUUGACCUUGGAAGAAUUGAGAGUAGUACAAGAGGACCUUAUUAAAGUCAGCGACAAAAAUAAUGAAGUCUUUGUUAAUUUUACACCCACCAUACCACAUUGCUCAAUGGCUACGCUUAUAGGUUUGUCUAUAAGGGUUAAGUUGCUAAGAUCUUUGCCUCCCCGUUUCAAGGUAACUGUAGAGAUAACACCUGGAACUCAUGCUUCCGAAAAUGCGGUCAACAAACAGCUCGCUGAUAAGGAAAGAGUGGCGGCUGCCUUGGAAAAUAAACACUUGGCAGAAGUUAUUAACCAGUGUAUAGCUAGCAAAGAAGUGGCGGCUGCUUAAAGAAACUUUAGUGACAAAAUGUCGAUUUUUUUUCUUUCGUUUUAUUAUAAUAAAAACAACUUAUUUUGUGUAAGGGUAAUA